GUCGCCGGGUGGAGGUCGCCCGGGCGGCGGAGGCGGCGGCGCUUCCCGGGGGGGGGAGGAGACAGCCCCGGCCCUCUGCUCCGAGGGGCUGGCAGGAUCGCCCCGCGCCUCGGCAGGCCCUGUCCCUCCGGAAAGUUUUCCCCGACCUGUUCGCUGCCCACCCUGGCGGGAGCCGCGGGCCGAGACGGCCGUGCUCCCUUGCCCAGCGCCGGUCUGGCCCGCCCGCUGCGCCGCGCCCCGCCCGCGGCCGUGCCGGAGCUGCGGCUGUCCCGAGGGACACGCGUACCUGGCACAUCGGGAGCCUGACAAGGAAUUUAAAACUUGUUUCAGGAAUACGGAACACUUUAUAUUCAGGAAUACAAGAAAAACAGCAAAGUGGAGUCAAGUACAUGCAGCAGCUUCAUGGGCUUGAAGGAUCAUCUGGGGCAUGACUUAGGCCACCUUUAUGUGGGGAGCACUGGCACACAAAUAAAUGCAAUUGUACCUUGGUCGAUGGCAGAGAAGCCAACGAUGGAUAAGGUUAAUUCUAGGAAAGAAGACGUAGAAAAGGAGGCGUCUGAAGAAACUUCUGGAAGCUCCAGCUGUGACUCUGAAGAAAGCACAAAUUCUGAUAAUGAUUCAGAGAGACUGAAUAAUUCUGCAUCGGAGUCACAUUUAUUGCCUAAGACUCACCGACAGCUGUGCCGAUCUCCUUGCUUAGAGCCUCAUAUACUAAAAAGAAAUGAAAUCUUACAAGACUUUAGGAUAGAAGAGGCUCAGAUAGUACCUAAGGAAGUCAAAAAGCCUCCUGAUGUGGUGAAAGAAUAUCAAACCAAACUGGAGUUUGCACUUAAGUUGGGUUACUCUGAAGAGCAGGUUCAACUUGUACUAAAUAAACUUGGUACUGAUGCUUUAAUAAAUGAUAUUUUGGGAGAACUUGUCAAACUUGGGAAUAAAACUGAGACUGAUCAGACUGUAAGUAAUGCUAACACUAGUGUAAUGCGUGAAGCAUCUUCCAUAGAGUCUCAGAGGUCAGAGUCUCCACUGCAGGAGGAUGUGACAGAGGAUGGAGACAACCUGAGGCCAAUAGUUAUUGAUGGCAGCAAUGUUGCAAUGAGCCACGGGAACAAAGAAGUAUUUUCUUGUCGAGGAAUCAAAUUGGCAGUAGACUGGUUUUUGGAAAGAGGCCACAAGGAUGUUACUGUGUUUGUGCCAGCGUGGAGGAAAGAACAGUCGAGACCAGAUGCUCUUAUAACAGAUCAAGAAAUCUUACGUAAAUUAGAAAAGGAGAAGAUUCUUGUGUUCACACCAUCCCGGCGUGUGCAAGGGAGAAGGGUGGUGUGCUACGAUGACCGAUUCAUAGUGAAGUUGGCCUUUGAGUCAGAUGGCAUCAUUGUCUCUAAUGAUAACUACAGGGAUCUAGCUAAUGAAAAGCCAGAAUGGAAGAAGUUCAUAGAUGAACGCUUGUUGAUGUAUUCAUUUGUUAAUGACAAAUUUAUGCCUCCUGAUGAUCCUCUUGGUCGCCAUGGUCCAAGUCUGGACAAUUUUCUUAGGAAGAAGCCUAUUGUGCCAGAACAUAAGAAGCAACCGUGUCCGUAUGGGAAGAAAUGUACCUAUGGACACAAAUGCAAAUACUACCAUCCAGAAAGAGGAAAUCAGCCUCAGCGAUCUGUAGCUGAUGAACUUCGUGCCAUGUCUAGAAGCACAGCUGCCAAAACUACAAGUGAAGGAGGACUGGUAAAAAGCAAUAGUGUUCCCUGUAGCACUAAAAGUGAUGGCACUUCAGAGCUGAAGCGUGCUGCUCCAAAGAGGCAAUCCGAUCCUAGUAUAAGGACCCAAGUCUAUCAAGACUUGGAGGAAAAGCUUCCCACCAAAAACAAAUUGGAAACCAGGUCUGUACCUUCUUUAGUUAGUAUACCAAGUUCCUCUGCUGGAAAACCCCAAAGUACUGCACCUUUAACUAACGGCCUUCCAUCCGGAGUUCACUUCCCACCUCAGGAUCAAAGACCACAGGGACAGUAUCCUACAGUGAUGAUGGCAACCAAAAAUCAUGGAACACCAAUGCCUUAUGACCAGUAUCCAAAAUGUGAGUCUCCGGUGGAUAUAGGCUAUUACUCCAUGCUGAGUGCAUAUUCAAAUCUCAGCGUAUCUGGUCCGCGUAGUCCAGAAAGGCGCUUCUCCUUGGACACAGAUUAUAGGAUUAGCUCUGUAGCUUCUGACUGCAGCAGCGAGGGGAGCGUCAGCUGUGGCAGUAGCGAUUCCUACGUGGGUUACAGCGAUCGCUCGUACAUGAGCUCGCCUGACCCACAGCUAGAGGAGAACUUGAAGUGCCAACAUAUGCACCCCCACGGCCGCCUUAACACCCAGCCCUUCCUGCAGAGCUACCACGAGCCUCUCACACGAGUGCAGAGCUACAGUCACGAAGAACCAAAGCAUCACCACAAAUCUCCCAUUCCGUACAUGGCUGUGCAUCUGCAGCAUCCAGCAGUCGGGGCUCGUUCCAGUUGUCCGAACGACUACUCCGCAUCUCAGAGCUCGUCCCAUUCAAAGGCGCUGCAUCUGGGGAGAGCGCUGGUGUCCACGAGAAUAGACAGCAUUUCAGACUCCCGUUUGUAUGAAAACUCUCCAUUAAGACACAGAAAGCCUUACGCUGCCCAGGAAGGUCUGGGAGGUUGGGACAGGCAGAGUUACGGGAUGGAUGCCUACAGCUACCGCCAGACAUACUCCUUGCCCAGCAACCCCACGCAGCCAUGCUACGAGCAGUUUGCCUUCCAAAGCCUUCCCGAGCAGCAGGACCAGCCCUGGCGCGUACCUUACUGUGGAAUCCCGCAAGACCCCCCAAGGCACCAAGACACCCGGGAGAAGGUUUACAUUAACCUCUGCAACAUCUUCCCCCCCGACCUCGUGAGGAUGGUGAUGAAGAAGAACCCUCACGUGACGGACGCUCAGCAGCUCGCUGCAGCCAUCUUAGUGGAGAAAUCUCAGCUAGGUUAUUGAGACACGAUGCAUCUUUGUGGUGUCUCGUAGUUUUCAGCUCAGCGCUAACGCUGAGGGAGGUUUGCUACAAUAGCAUUUGGGAUCUCCUUCUCAGCAAGGAGGUUAUAGAGUACUCCGUUUAUGUGAAAUACUGUAUCAUGGAGUCUGUAUGUAUAGCCCCAUGCAUUGGAAGUACCAGAUAUGUUUUGUGUUCUAGUUUGAAAAUUUUUAAAUGGCUAUUUUCACAUCUGGAAUAUGUUCCAGUUUAAAUUAAUAUAUAUAUAUAUAAAAAUAAUCUGUGGUCUCUGGUUAUAAUCUUUGGUGCAUCAGGGGUUUAUAUGCAGCACUUUCUUAUCAUUGUUACAUUUUGUUGGGAAUUUUUUGUUUCAUUUUUUAACUUGCUGGAUGCUUAUCCUUGGGGCUGUGAGAUAUUAACCUGCAGAAAGAGGAUUUUGCUACUUCUGGCAGGCAAUUUUCAAGCCAAGUUUCUGAACUUUUUACACCACCAUAAGUAAGUCUGAUGUAUGUUUGUUUGUUUUUGUGAGCUUUUUUGUGCUGUAAUCACCUGUUUGUAGAAAACAAAGAUUUACUACAGCACUGACUUCAUUUUUUGAAACAAAUAAUUAAGUUACCAGUUAACAGUGAAAUGGGUAACAAUGUAUUGGUAAUUUAUAGUAUGGCACUUUUCGUUGCUUUCUUUGUUUUGCUUAAAUAGUUACAUGUUUUUGUUGAUGCAGUCAAUUAGUAAGAUCAGAUGCAAACAGAGGAGGAAAAUUUUUUUUUUUUUUUACUAAUCUAUGGAUAUGGUAAAAGCCUUAUUGCCUGAUUUUCAAAGGUACUGAGAAUUUGCAGCCCCCUUGGAAGCUAAGAGAAGCUGCAAAUGCUCAGGAUCUCCCCAAACCAGGCCACCCUGUUUCAGUUCCCGUGUGUUGUUACCCAGCUCUGUGUAUUUCUGGUCAGUAGAUGGGGACCUGAAAUCGUAGGGCCCUGUUUAGUUGUUUUAUAUGUUUUUCCUUUGUAUUGCUGCACAACUGUACUGGAUAAAAUAUGCUUUUCAUAAAAUAUUUACCUGUUUUUAAAUGAAUUUAAUUAUCUCAAUGCAAGUUUUGUAUUUAAGAUACUGUUUGAUUUUUCUUGCUAUUUAUCAAGGCUGGCCUGAAAAGGUUUUUGUGUGUUCAGGAUAUGCAACAUUUAUUAACUGCACUAUGGUAAUGAUAUUGUAGCUCAAAAUAAUAACUUAAACUUUUUUUUUUCUUUUUUGGCUGGGGAGGGGAGAGUUGUGGGGAGAGAAGAUACCAUAUGUGGUCCUGGAGUUAGUUUUUCGCUUUUUGCAUUGUGUAGGCCUGAUUCUUGCCACAAAUAGUGUAGUUUUAGAAACAGACAAACCAAGUCUGUUUUAGCAUUAGUAAGGGAUAUUUCUGGUUUAAAGUCAUGGGUUUUACUAGCACCUCAUAAGCUUUUAUAUAUAUAUAUGAAAAAUAGAAAUAGUUUUUGCAAUUGAUGUCAGAUGUACUUCCAUGACGUGAUCAGUUGCCGACAGUUUUAGGUUUCCAUCCAUUGUAACAAUGUUCAGUGUUAAAAAAGUGUCACUAGUUUACACUAUUACAGCUGAUAAUUUUGGUACACUUGCUGGAAUUUUAAGUAAGGCCCUGAAGAACCAGAAAGUACCUUUUACUGUUGAUACAAAUUGUAUCUUUUUAACUGAGAACUAUUUUGAUUUGUAGAUUAGAAACACAAAUGUAUAAUUAUAACUAGUCUUUUGGGCAACAUUUUAUCCCUUAUUUAAAAAUUAGAGAUUUCAGACAUAGAAUAGAUUUAGGCAAGUGAAAGUAGGUAUUUAUUUAGGUGUCUGUCUCAAUUUCACAUACUAAAAGGAAAAAAUAAACUAUUGGCAUCUUCUUCCUUCUAAAAUCUUUGUAGUGGGAACUCACUAAAAUAAAGGUAAAAUGCUGCCUGAAAAUGAUGUCCAAGCACCUUUGAAUACGAAGACGUUUUCACUACUUGUGUGACACCAUGUGUUGCAGCAAGUAGGGUUUGGGUAUACAGUAAAUGCUUCUAAAGAGCAUUGUGCUAUAGACAUAUCCAAUAAUCUGAACCAUGUUCAGCAAACCAACUCAGGACGUGGUGCUCCUGCAGCUUCCGCUGCUGGUGCGCUGCAGGUUCUGCCACUGCCUGUCCCCGUGGCAAGGCCGGAGGGGCUCUACACCAUCUGUCCUGCGUUGUCUGUUUAGGGAGAAGACCUCUUCACCUGUGGCAACAGUUUUUCCCUGGAUUUGGUUGGUGGCCAUCUGUAGAGCAUGUUUUAAUGUAGAGAUCAAUGCAGCGCUGACGCUGAGGUUUGGACUGGGAAAUGGGUCUCAUCUUAGUUGUAUGCUAAGAUUUGGUUAAAUUGAAUUACACUGAAGUCCUACACCAUAGUGUAGAUGCAGCUGUUUUAAUAAUGCAAUUAUUAUGUUGGUGUUUUUAAUGGGUUUCUACGUUUAUUUUUUAUGUAGGUAUUUACUUCUGCCAAAAGGUCAAUUCCUUUAAGCAUGAACUGAAAUGUGCGUAUGUAAAAGAAGUGUUUUGUGUUUUUCCCUGUGAUGUGAGCACCAGGAUGCUCCUGCCACGCACAUGUCACAGUCUGGCCUAGAGCAGGGGCUCAGCAGGCUUAGCCAUUGGGAUAUCGGUGCGAGGAGGUGUGUGGGACUGCGAGCUGCACUGCUCAGGCCUGAGAUCCCACAGUCCAUUGCCUCUGCACAUAUCCAGGGCAGUAUUGAAUCCCCAAAAGGGUGGUGAUUCUUGUAAUAGGUUCUGUGCUUUGCACCCCAGCACUGAAAAUGCUUUAAAAAUACAAGAGCAGGAGUAACUUGGUGGAUUUUAAUGUUGUGCAAUGAUGUGCUAGUUCCCCUUAGACUUGCUUAUUUUGCGUAAAGGAAAUUUACUGUGGACAAAACGUUUGCCUUGAUACUUCCUUUUGUUUUGCUGUGUUAACAGAUUGAGGAAUUGUGUGUGAACUCCUCCAUGGUGAGGAGACCAGUGUGUAUAUUUAACAACUUCUAAAGAGGACACCAGUAACAAACGUGGAUGCAAUGAUACUGGUCAAAUACUACCUUUGUCUGUGUAAUUGCAUUGAUGCAAAUAACUGAACUGUAACCUCCCGUGGUACUUAAAUAGCAGAGGUAAUUCAGUGAUACUGUCUUGGCCCCAGCUGAGUGCCAGAGAUGCAAUGAACGAUUUAGUACCUUUGAGUUAGAGCUGUCCCUCAGCUAAGAAGAGGGCAACACUUUUCCUUUGUCUUCAGUACUUGGGAGUUGUUUCGAUACCUUGCAGAAACUCUGCAUUUUUAGAUAAAAUCCCAAGCUGUUAUAACUGCAUCAGUAAUAGUAUAUAGAUACACAGUAUUUUUAAUGCACAUACAUUAGGCAUCUGCCCACAACUGUUUUCAAUACAACAACCAUAUUUAGAGUUUUUAAGUAUGUCCUGUAGGUAACUAACUUCGAGUUAAAUAUGCCCAGGGUAUGACAGUAUUAAUCACUUCGUUGUCUUUUAUUUCUUAAAAUAUGUGUAAGAUAUAUAUAUAUAUAUUUGUGUAUAUAUACACACAUAUGUUUGGCAAGUGGGUUUAAGAUACUGCUAAUGGUCUGAGGUAAGAUCAUACCUUUCCAGGUGUCCCAUUUUCUUUGGUAUGUCUGAAUUGUGGCUUGGUCCUCCACUGCAGAAUACCUCUGGGGAGAGCCAAAAGCCUGAUGUGUUCAUGUGAUGCCCCGAAAAGAGAAGGUGUGCCGGGCUGGGGAAGCCUUCGAAGGAGACCCCUGCAGCCUUGGCAGAUGCAGACUGGUGCUGAGCUGUUGAGAAACUUCUGCUGUGAAAGUUUUAGCUAACGGUGAACACCUUUCCAAAAAUAUCAAAGCUGUCGGUGUAAACCAGAGUACCUCACUUGGAAGGGGACGCUGCAGGCGUUUGCUCCAGCAGGGCCAGCGCCAGAGGACUAAAUGCCUUGGGUGAGAGAUACUGCAGCAUCUUGACACAGUAAGAGACUACCAAAACAUUUAUCAGUUUCAUCAGUCGAUGGUUUGACCAAGGUAUUUUCAGUGUGUAAAGCUUGAAAAAUGAGACACAAUGCUUUCCUGCUCUCUGGAGCAUUUAGAAAAAUACUCAACUGACUUUUCAUUGCUACUGAAAAUUUUAAAUACUGUGCAAUUAAAGAGACCAUUUUUUAAAAAAAUAAAAAUAACUUAGAAAUUAUUUAUUUUUAUUUACAGUGUGACUUGCUAAUUUAUUCCUUGCAUUAUAAGGCCAUGGUGGAGUGCCGUUUAAGUUUUUUUAUCACAGGAACUAAAACUGCUGAGAAGAAAACCAAUAGAUUUAAACUUAAAACAAAAUUCUAUGGCCUUGUUUUGUUUUCUGUAAAAGGGCUGAGGUUUUAUAAAUGUCAAAUCACAUUUUAUAUACUUCAUAAAUUUUAGAGAGGCAUAGUUUAAGAAUCUUGUUCCAAUUAAGUAUGUUUGGGCACAUUGUUUAGACUAAUCAUGUAACUAAACCUGGAAUCAUCUGUAUUGAAUGGUUUUUCCAUCGAACCUUUUGCUCGGUAAUGUGAGAGAUGUUCAAAUGUCACCUUUAGAUGUUCUAGAAUAUAUUUCUCAAGGUUUCAUCAGAAGCUGGUGACUUAAGCACCCAAUCACACGGGAGAUGCACAUUUGCGUGGGAAACACCCUACAGCAUGCUGGGUUUUCCUUGCCAUGCUGGUGCACAUCAGGUCUGUCAGAGAUGUUUAUAAAGGCACUACCAAAUAGCGUGUGCAGUUCGCAGUUAUCAGUGUGCUUGAAAUAAUUUUCCAGCUUCCAUUUUCAGGUCUUAAAGGGUUGUCAUAACUUGUGCUUGGAGUGUUUAUUACUCUGUCUACCCUUUAACCUAAAUGAUUGCAAUAGUUCUCGUUCUGUCUCACACUCAAUAGCCCUGGGAGGGCCCAGUCUCCCAAACACCACCACAUACGCCUGACUUCAGCAGAAGUAGAGGCAUGGGCCGGUGUUAGAGAAGCCCUGAGUCGGACUGGCAUAUAUGUGAGUGCAGCAGGGCUGAAGCCUUGAGGAGCACAGCUGGAGAGCCACCUCCUCCCAAACAAAGGGGAGAUCUCACUGGUGCUGACAGGUCAUUCGGCCAGGAUUGCCCUUUGCGGGUGUUGGGAACACCUACAGACCAAAUUUUCUUAGAUGCUUAAGCACAGCCGUUGUCUGUGUUUCGAAGUAUAACAAUCUACUCUUCACCUUUUAAAACAAAACCUCUCUGCUUUUGUUGUAGAACAAUCCUUUUUAUUCUGGUCUCAGAUAAAUUAACCAUGUGAGAUUGGCUAGUUGGUUACUUCUUAUUUAUCUAAAUGACAUUCUUAAUGAAACUGAAAUUUAAAAACUGAUCUCCCAGCAUCCAGUAGAGUAUCCUCCAAGGAAGCAAUGCAGAUACAGCAGCAAUAAUUGUAUUUUGUAGUUAUUUUCCCAGUCAUUAUCUCUGUAUUUGUGUUGAGUAGGUGAGAUUUUAAUAUUGUCCUGAAGUCCGCUCUGGGAAAACCAUUAGUUAAAAAUAAUGUUUGGGCUACUUGAUAAAGCAGUUGUCAAGCUGGCUCUUCAUUCCUUCACUGGUUGUUCUGUAUUAUUUCUGUGAUGUGACUAUUCACAUCUUAAAACUACCUUUAAACCAUACAAAAGAACAUGUACAUGGAUUCUGCUUUUAGAGAAAAAAAAUAAAGAUUCAUUUUCCUCA